AUGGCCCACAAUCGACAAUUCAACGUUUCUCAGCAAUCAAACAAUUCUUCGACUAUUCGCAGAUCCCCAGACUUGGACAUUGCUAUAAGCAGUGAUCUUGAUAUUUUCACUGGUACAAGACACGUUCCUGGACCUACCGAUAACUACAGAGACUACCAAUCAAUCCUCGACCCCAUGACUUCAUCCAGAGCUCCUGUUUCUGCCCGGAGAGCUAGCUUCAAACGGCAUUCCCCCAUGGAUCAUUCGGAACGACCCUCCAGCUACUCACACACAAACAGAAGAUCCAUGUACACGCAUUUCGAACAUGAAGAGCCGUUCAUCAGACAGGUCACCAAGGGUCUGAUCGUCAUGGGUGGAUACCGGGAUUUCCAGAGUGAAUAUACCACUAAGGUGCUGAGACCUACAUAUGAAAAGGAGCUACUUAUGGAGCAUCUUGCAUCCCACAUUGAAACGAUAAACGGGCUGAUUGCGACCCAUUCACGCAACUUGCGAGCGAAAAGGUCGUUUGGAAGAAGAUUGGUUUCGAUUCUGCUGUUCAAACCGCCUCCCCACAAUUCUGCUCGCUUCGAAGAUGCCUCUAUGCCCUGCACUUCUUCUGAUCCGUUUGAUCAUCUGAAGCUUCCUGGUCCGUUGGUCUCGUACCAUCUUCCCUUGUCUCAGCAGUAUUACCGACAUCUGUUUGACAUGGCAGAUCAUGUUACUUUGCAUGAUGAUGUAAAGAGUAUGAUCUCCAGGGGUUUUGCUCGGGCUCAGGUGUUAGAGGGGAGCUACGAAGAUGACUGA